CCACGGUACACGAGUUGGGGAACGUAAAUCAUCUGUUUUCCUACGAGGAGACGCGCAGAGCAAUGGGUCGUAAGUGAAGGAGCAGGAGCGCGCGAUCACUGUCCAGGGCUGGUGAAAGAUGGCUUCCUGCUCGGAGAUGUGCGGAUCGGGGCAGGGCCCGGCCCCUGACAGCUGCCAGCGCUACGGCGUGCGCUCGUACCUCCACCACUUCUACGAGGAGUGCACCGCCUCCAUCUGGGAACGCCAUGAGGAUUUUCAGAUUCAGAGAUCGCCGAGCAGGUGGAGCUCUGUCCUCUGGAAGGUCUCUCUCGCGUUAGGAAUGCUGAUCCUGACCUCCGGGCUGGUGGCGUUGACCGUGGGCUACACCGUCCCAUCCAAAAUAGAAGCCUUCGGGGAGGGGGAAAUGGUGUUCGUGGACAACCAGGCCGUGCACUUCAACCAGGGGCUCCACCUGAGCAAGCUGGCCGGGGCGGCGCUCUUCUGCGCGGGCGGGGUCCUGAUGGCCGUGGGCCUCCUGCUCUCGGCCUUCUCCAGGGGCUCCUCCAAGGAGGAGGCCUACCUGCAGCACAGGUUCAAGGAGAGGAUAGCAGACAUGCAACCCGCCGCUCACCCCAUCACUAAAGCUCCCACGCCGGGAGAGAGUAAGAUCCCCGUCACACUCUCCAAAGUGCAAAACGUUCAGCCCACCUCCUGAAGUCAGACCGAGCGCGUGCAGCAGCUGCCAUGCCAUUGGGUAAUGUCCUAAACAAGGUCAGCUUACAUGAUUCGGUAAGGAAAGAAUACAGCCCAUGACCUGUUAACCACCAGAUAUUCAUUGGAUGUUGCGGGGCAGAAGUAACACAAGGUAGAGUUAGAUACAUUUCAACAUCCAGGAACAGGCCUCCCAGUCCCGUUUAUUUAUUUAAUUUUAUCCAGUGUAGUUCAACAGAUAUGUAGAUGUGGUUGCUCAUAAGUAUUGGAGGAGAAAGGUAGUGAAGCUGUUUUGAUUUGUUUUGGUGUAUGGAUCAGCACAGCUAGUCUGGCCUUCCAGGCACUGAGAAGCAUCCCUAUAAAUCUUUGGCACAAAUACAGUUGAUACCUGAAUAGCAGAAAGAACCUGAAGCAUUAUCCAUUUUCCAAAAUUGAGGCUCAAAAACGAUAAAAUGUGGACAACAGCCAUCAUGUUCUGAGCUUAGUGGACAGAAGAAAAUAGUUUGUUUUUGCGUUCAUCUUUGCAAUCGAUUCAGUCGGACUGCGAGAGACACCUUGAUAAAUGGGCUAUUGAUUUUUGGAAAACAUUAUAACACUUGCUGUUCGGCAUCUAGGCCAGAUCUCGUUUAUUUAUUUAGUUAUUCACACGUCCCGCUUUGCCGGUGUCUUGACAGAAUGAAACCAAUGGAGGCAAUCAACAGUAUAAUAUGGUGAAUACUACAGCUGGUAACUGUGUCAGGCAGUUCUGCACUCUUAAUUUGAAGUACAGCAAAACAGCAACCAAUAAUCAAAGCCAUGUUUUAAUGCUGAGGGAAAUAUUACCAGCUGGACAAAAUGUCUCCUGUAUCUCUUAUGCAUCUUUUCUGGCUGUGAGUUCCUUAUUAAAACAAAUAAAACUGACAAAGCAGCAGGCUUAUUAUACCCAAGCCCAACCCAUUAGGCCAGUAUGUACUGAAUGGUGCUUUUCCUGUCAUUUCUGCUGAUCCAUUGCUUCAAUAAUAAUUGCAUUUUAGUACUGAAGAACCAUAAAACUGUGUUGGCGUCAUCCAUUUCAAUGAAAAAUAGUGAAGCAGAAUUCAAAAUAAUGUCCUGUCAUCUUGAACAUAUUAUCAGAUCCAUAAUGUCAGUGCCGUAUCCAAUUAAAUUAAAAUUAAAUGGGACAUGCUUUUUGUCUUAUUGUGAAGGUAGAUCAUGGUAGUUAUGUUAUUAAUAAAGGGGUCUAUUUGGAGUUGCGAUUACAGCUUCAACUACCACUGAAUACUGCACAACAGGAGGUCCAAUUCAAAUAGCUCUCUAAAUAUGUGCCAAUAUGUAGAUAAUACCUUAAGUAGAUAAUGAAGAUCCAAGUCAUUCUGUCAUCCACGACUCAUUAACAGAAUUGUAAUAUUUUUUGGAACAUAUCGACAAAAGGAACUCAAAAGCCACAUGAACGCAAAAGCCACAUGUUCAAGAGAUCACUCUUUAAAUACUGAACAGCUACAUUGUUGUCUUUACAGACAAACAAACAAAUAAAAAAAUAAAUACAUAUUUCUCCAAAUAGAUAAUUCCACGCAAUUGUAAUUCAUGUCACUGGAAAUGCAAUGCAUGACCACCAUCAAAUCACAAACUGAGAUUAAGCCAUUUCCUUCAAUUGUCAUUGCCAUUGUAUUCUAGACACAUACUCGAUUUUUUGUUCAUUUUCAAAUAGAUAAACUAUAAUAUGUGACAAAAAUUGAUAUUAUUCGUAUUUGCCUCGCAUAGCUUUUCUUACCAUGGCUGUGUGGCAUCAGAAAUUAUGUUUCUGCCAUACUUUUAAAUGGAGGAAAAGAAUAUACAUAUCACAAGCUCACAGUGAGAUGGAUCCAUGCAAGUAGAUUUGUAGGUGACCAGGAAAGCUCCAAGGCAAGCUUCACACCUGUGUCCUACAGCACUGAGUUUAACUGCCCUGGGCAUUGUUCUGUAUUUCAUUUUUUAUUCAAAAUGACAUGGGUGUUUCAGAACAUUGAUUGGUAAUACAUGUAUGGAAACACAUAAAAAUUAUGUAACCAUGUAAGCUGACCUCAUCAAUACUAUUCAAACCAAUACCUAAUCUCAACAUCUGGCAGGUUAUUUUAUUUAUAUUUUAAUUGUCAUAAGGGUGACACAUUAUCUUCAUUAUUAUACCAUCUAAACACACACACACAAGCAUACACACACUCGGAAGUGUAGUGGAGAGUGGAACAGAAAUUCCGUCUCUAAUGGGACUACUUUGUCUGUGAAACGUAAUAUUAAAUAUGAGUUUAUUUUUGGAAAAUAAGAUGAUCCAUAUAGGAACUGUCGUAUGUUAGGUUGCUAAAGAGUAAAACCCUGAAUUAAGACAUGAACUGAAACUCCGGUUGAAGCUAUUAUUCUGGUAGACAAAAAGGUUAUUAUUCUCCAACCUAUAUUGGACUCUCUUUCUAUGGGCAUAUUCAGAUGUUGGUAUUGAGACUGCUCUACAGUGUUAGUGUAUCUCCAGUUAUGCCUGAAUAUGAGUGAGAAUCUGAUCUAAUAUGCCUUCCCAGAAAAAGACCUUCCCCUAUAUGAUAGAGAUUAUAGGUAAUCCUAGAAUAAGAGAUUAGAAUAGGGGCCUCUAUUUACAGUAUGUAGAUUUCUGGUAAGCACAUAGUCAAGUUAUGUUAUUGUUCCGUAGCUUGUCUUAUGUUUUUUAUGGUUUGGACAAAGAAAGGGAAAAGAAACAGUACAUGAUUUUCACAGUGGUUAUUACUAUGAUGGUACCCUGCAUUCAUCUUGUACAACGACACCAUUUUGGAGCAAUCUGAAGCAGAGAAGCCAUAAAGAAUACUAGUAGACCAUUACUGAAAUUCAUGUUAUUUAUUGUAAAAGAAAUGCAAACAAGAAAUAAAAAAUUAAAAAAAUCUAAUGUAACCUAGCAGUAAUAUGUUUAUUUUUCAAUGGAUUUGAUGAUUAUUAAAUUGAUAUCUGCGCACAGAA